AUGUGGCCAACGAUGUGGUGGGGCUACUUGGCUGGCCCGGGGGUGCUGGCUGUGCUUGGCAAGUUGGUCCAAUUCCGUCGCCACUCCGCCGGCCAAGAAUCAUCUUCAGCGGGUGCGCCCCAGUAUGUGGCGGUAUCGACCCGUGAAGGACAACUACGUCACGCGUAG